UUGGGCACAUGAAACUCACAUGCGCAUUUUAGCAUCAAUCAAUCUCCCCCAAUUCGACUUCAAAACCCUAGCUACCUUACCUUCACUUCUCCUCAAAAUUCCACAAAAUCCUUUCAAAUUAUACCCAAAUUUCAAACCUUCAUGCCAAAUUAGGGCUCAUCCAACCGGAUCCAAACAUCACAGAUGGAUUACAACUCAUCCGUUCGAUCUAGACGCCCUGUUCGUAACAAUAACAAUUUCAACGAGUACGAUAACGAUGAAUUUGAAGAAGAAAAUGUAGGUUUAAAUCAAAGAUAUAGCUAUCAAUUGAACAAUAAUAAUAAUAUUAAUAAUAAUGAUGAAGAUGAUGAUGAGGAUGAUGAAGAGGAAGAAGAUGAUGAGAAUGAAUAUAGGCAUGGAUAUUAUAGGGGAGUAGAUACAGGAGAAUCGUCUAGGCGUCACCAAAAGAAAAGAAGAUUGGAUAACAUAGUGUCGAAUUACGAAUAUGCCCCUCGCGUUCCCGAUAGGUUGUCGGAUGAGUGGAGUGAUAAUGCGACUUUCGUGUUGGUGGAAGUAUGGGGCGAUCGGUAUUUGGAGUUAGGGAGGAAGAGUUUGAGGACGGACGAUUGGGUCGAGGUUGCGGAGAAGGUGUCGGAGAUGUGUAAGAUGGAGAUUGACGAGAGUCGGUGUAGGAAACGGUUGGAGAGUUUGAAGAAGAAGUAUAAGAAAGAGAAGGCGAAAGUGGUUACGGGGGGGUAUAAUGGGAAAUGGGGAUUUUUUAAGAAGAUGGAUAUGUUGUUGUCGCCGAAGAAGCAGCAUAAUGGGUUACCGUGUGGUGUUGAUUCGGGGGAAUAUGUGUUUAUGAAUACGAAGGUUUAUUUGGACCAGUCGAACGCGUUGGAUGAGAUGCGGGAUAGUCCGUGUGAAUCGGAGGAUGAUGAUGACGAUGGUGAGGAUGAGUGGAAUGAUGAGGACGGUGAAGGGUUUCGGUUGUUGGCGGAAUCUGUUCAGAAUUUCGGGGAGAUUUAUGAAAAGAUUGAGGGUCGAAAGAGACAGCAAACGAUGGAGUUGGAGAAAAUGAGAAUGGAUUUUCAGAGAGAGUUGGAAAUACAGAAGAAGCAGAUUCUUGAACGGGCGCAAGCUGAGAUUGCUAAAAUCCGGGAAGGUGAUGAUGAGGAUGUUAAUUCUGUUGAGAAUCUUAGCGGAUAAGACUCGUAAGAAGCAGGGUUGAUCAUUUUAAAGGGUAGAAGACGAUUGAAGCAAUAACUACAUUACCUGAUUUCUUCUUUCUCUUCAUCUCUUGGUUAGUGCUUUUUUAUUAAUGUUGUAGUUUGACUUGAUGUUUUUAUGUAUUAAAGUAAAGUUCAAUUUAAUAAAGUUAUCUGCAUCUUAUAACAAA